AUGCUUUUGCCCAGCUCAUCUUCAAGCGAAAGAGAAUGUUCUCAAUAUGAGGGUUCUCUUCGUGGUGAUUCGCCUCCACCCUACCCACAACAAGAGGUACCAUUAAAAGAAUCUGUUCCAACUCCACCUCCUUCUCCUACUCAUACCACUAUUCCAGUUACAAUCACACCAUGUCCCCCACCUGUCACUAAAAAAUCAAUUCCAAUUACCUCUCAACCACCACCUAUCACUUCUACACCACCUACUUCUACUACCCAAACCCUACCUGUUUACACUGAUACUACAACAACCACUACCACAAGCGAACCUCUCGUUAAUGUCAACGCAUCUGAUGCAGACCAUCUUGGUGGUGAUGGACUGGAUUUUGAUACAUUCCAUUAUAGUCUUUUCUCCAUUCUAGACGAUAGUGAUGACGAUGCUCCUCUCACUCAGAGGCAUCUCAAGGAACUGAAUACUAAGCUGGAUACACUUCUUGCUUCUGCUACUGCUUCCACAAGCGACGCAUAUUCUGAAGCCACGGUGAAAAGUAUGCUCGAUACUUUUUCCAAGGAGCAUGCAACAAAUCUUGAGAAAGAAAACAAAGCAGUUGAAGAUUCCACCCUAUUAAACCAACAAGUGACUGAAAAAGUCGUUAAACUAAUCUUCGAAACGAAAGUGUUCAUGACAGAUCUCAAUACAACUGCUGAAGGUAAUAUUAUGAAGGCGAAUGAGGCCAUUUAG